CAAAUUGGCCCCAAUCCCUCUCUCGCAUGGGGGGGCGGGUGCUGCGGGAAAGGCGGGGCCGGGCGCAGGUGCCUCUCUCGCCCCCUCGGACCCGCGCACCGCACCGCAGGGCGGGGUGAGGCGGAGGGGCUGCCCCCCCCACGCUCCGCAGAGCCGGGCUCCCGCGCACGCUCACUUGGGGUGCCGGGCGGGCGGGGCCGCGCUGACGUCACCCCCCCACCGCCCGGUCGAGGGGCGGUGGCCGCGCAGGCUCCGCGGGGCGGCGGCGCCGUCAGACAGAAGGACGCAGGGAGCGGAGGACCGGCGGGCGCACGGCCAGGUCAUGCCCGGGGAGGCUGCCCGUGCCGAGCUGCUGCUGCCUGAGGCAGGCGGACCCGGGCCCCGCACAGAUCUAUCCUGUGAUGCAGCUGCUGCCACCAUCCCGAGAGGGGACCAGCGAGAGCCCCACGUCCUGAGCCCAGGGCCCAGCCCCCUCGCCCUCACAUUCCUGCCCAGCAAGCCGGGUACCCGGCCACAGCCUGAGGGAGCCAGCUGGGAUGCAGGACCCCAUGGGGCCCCCUCAACAUGGGCAGACCCAGCUGAGGGCAGCCCGAGCUCAGUGCUCCUCCCUGAGGGUCUGCCCCCCCAAGCUUUGCCCCCCGAGGCUCCUCUUCCAGCCACCCUGGAGGCACGGAUUGUGAUGGGCGAGGAGACAUGCCAGGCCUUCCCACAACCCAGGGCUGCCCAACCAGUGCUCAGGAACUGGGAAGGUGGUGGGCAUGAGAGCCUGAAUCCGCCCCCCGAGUCAUGUUCUCAGGGUGAUCCUUCUGUGCCUUCCCCUCCCCUAGACCCUGAUUCCUACUUCACACCUCCGUCCACCCCCACCAAGACCACCUAUGCCCUGCCCCAUGGCCAAGGGCCCCACAGGGACACCUGGGACUCAGAGGCAGAGCUGCUGGAUGAUCUGCUGGACUCAACCCCGGCCUCACCCUCAGGCUCCUACAUCACGGCUGAUGGGGACAGCUGGGCCUCGUCACCCUCCUGUUCUCUCAGCCUGCUGGCCCCCACUGAAGGGUUGGACUUCCCCACAAGCUGGGGCCUCUCCCCCACGGGGUCUUUGAUAGAUGAACGAGAGCUGCACCCUGCCGAGUCCCCAGGGCCCCCAUCCUCCGAGUCCAGCCUCUCAGCAGACAGCGACUCCUCCUGGGGUCAGGAGGCCCACUUCUUCGACCUAGAUUUCCUGGCCAAUGACCCAAUGAUCCCUGCAGCCCUCCUGCCCUUCCAGGGCAGCCUCAUCUUCCAGGUGGAGGCAGUGGAGGUGAUGCCACUAUCCCCAGAGGAGGAGGAAGAGGAGGAGAAGGCUGGGGCUUCCGACUCAGCGGGGGACCUGGCCAGGGAGGGUGAGGAGGACAGCACGUCUGCCUCCUUCCUGCAGUCCCUGUCUGACCUGUCCAUCAUGGAGGGUAUGGACGAGGCUUUUGCCUUUCGAGAUGACACCUCUGGGGCUUCUUCUGACUCAGACUCGACCUCCUAUGCAGGAGCAGAGGACGAGAGACUGUACAGCGGGGAGCCCCACGCACAGCCCAUCACCUCGCCCCAGGACAGUGUCCAGGAGACAGAGAAGAGCAGAGGUGGUGUCAAGGGACCACAGGCUCAGGAGGUGGCUACAUCCUGGGGCCCAGAGACCACUCCUCAGGUCUCAGGAGAAGAGGUCCAUCUCACCCAAAGCCAGGAGUCCAUCGAGGAAACAUCAAAAGAUGGACUCGUCAUAGGCCAGGAGUCCGCUGCCACUGUUACCCCUCACACUGUGCAGGCAGCCCCAGGCCUCCAGAUGGAGGCAGUAAGCAGAGUGACCCUGCAGGCUGGGGAGGAAGAAGCAGCCUCCACCACUGGACAAGCACCCAUUGUCAGAGCAAUGCCUCAGCACCCCCAGAAGGGCACAAGCACGCCCUUAAACCAGGAGCCUGUCACUGCAGAAAUACCUUCAACCUCGCAGGAAGAAGCAAGCUUCACAUUGUGCCCAGACCCUCCUCAGAACUUGAAGGAAGAAGGACGGCCAGGCCUCUCCUCAGGCCCACAGCCUGUGGCUGCAGUCACGCCUGGGUCCCAGCAGACUGAAGAGGAGCAUACCUUACCCCAGAAGUGUGCUGUGGCAGAACCUCUGCCCCUACAAGAAGCAGAUCCCCCCUCAGGCCAGGAGCCUGUGGCUAUGGUCACCCCUCAGGCUCUGCAAGCAGAAGCAGACUGUGUUCCAGGGACAGAGCCCAUGGCCUCUAUGGCCCAAGAAGUAAGUGUGGCAUUAGGACUGAGGCCAGCACCUGAGGAGAGGGACAGAGCCCUCCCUAGAGACCUGGAGCCUCCAGCCUUGGACCAGGCCCAACAGGAUGACCCAGAACCAGCUGCAGAAGCAGAGGCCCCCUGGGCCUCACAUGAAGAUGCAUGUCCCACCCUGGGUGUGGAGGCCCCAGGUCCUCCCAAGUCUCCCUCUGCUGCUGGGGGGGAAUUAGCUGAAGGGCUUUCUGUGCCCAAGUGGGAAGCAUGUCUGGAAGCCCAAGUGUACACUGGUGACGUUGCUGAGCCCCACUCAGUCCCAAAUAAGGCCCUGGGGGCUGAGAACCAAAGGGAAGGAGGCCCUGUGCCACCAGCACAGGGACAUGGACCUGGGGCAGCACCUCAAGAUGCAGGGGAGGCUCCCAAGGCCUGUCUUGCUGCUUGCCCUGAGGUCCACCAGGCACAGCCCCUGAACCCAGCCACAGAGGGAAGGGGCCCAAGUGGCGAGGUACCUCCAGGACCCAGGCUUCCCACAACUGUGGGCACGGAGGCCAGUUUGGGCUCUUGCUCAGAGUCCCUAGCAGAGGCUGCAUCCAGGCUGGACAGAGGCUGUCCUGAAGAGUGUGCCCCUGUGUCUGCACCCUCCUCCCAGCAACUGGAGCCUGUGCUGGGCCUGGGCAGUGGUGAGCUGCCCGAGGAAGUACCCAGAGCCCUCAGCCCCUCCUCUCCCCCGUCCCCAGAACACGAUGCCAGGGGCCCACCCAGUGCACCCCAGGACAAGCUCCCAGGCCCUGACACCUCUACUCCUGGCGUCCUUGCCAAGGCAUCCCCACCCCCACUGGAGCUCCGUUCCCCCUGCCUGUGCCAGGGCCCCCAGGAAGACUCCAUGGGGGAUGAGGAGCCCCCAGGCCUCCCACCACCCCAGGCAGGAGCCCCGCCAGCAGCAGCUGCUGUCUCAGGAACCUUGCAGCCUCCAGGAGCUGGGCCGAGGGUCAGCCUCUUGUCCCACUCCCUCCUCCUCAGCCCCAAGGCAGCCCCUACGGAUGCCAAAGACCCGGCCUUGCGGAUCUCGCCCCCUUGCCAAGUGCCUCCUCGCUCUAGGACCCGGAGCCCAGCUGGUCCUCAAGGGCUCCCAGCCUCUGAGCAGCAAGAGGACGAGGAUAGCCUGGAGGAAGACUCACCUCAGGCCCCAGGCUCAGGCCAGCACUCAGACAGCCACGGGGAGUCGUCAGCCGAGCUGGAUGAGCAGGACACAUCGGCACCUCAGACCACACAGUGCCCAGCCCAGGCCCCGACAGGCAGCAGCGAGGAGACCAUUGCCAAAGCCAAGCAGAGUCGCAGUGAGAAGAAGGCCCGAAAGGUGGGCUGGUGGCCCCACCCUGGAACUCCAGGACUGGGACCAUCCUUCGCGAUGUCGAAGCUGGGCUUGCGGCAAAUUCAAGGAGUCACAAGGAUCACCAUCCAGAAGUCCAAGAACAUCCUCUUUGUCAUCGCCAAGCCUGAUGUCUUCAAGAGCCCAGCCUCAGACACUUACGUGGUCUUUGGCGAGGCCAAGAUAGAGGACUUGUCCCAGCAAGUGCACAAAGCUGCAGCUGAGAAGUUCAAGGUGCCCUCAGAGCCCUCAGCCCUGAUCCCUGAGUCAGCACCCAGGCCCCGGGUGAGACCAGAGUGUGAAGAGGAGGAAGAGGAGGUUAGUUUCAGGGACUCCAGGACCCUUUAUGGGGAGGGGUCUGCCUGGGGAGCCCUGCCUCCAGGGGAGGGAUGGGGGGGCGCCGGGGUGGCUCUGCUUCUGGGGAAGGGCUCUGGCCCAGGAGCCUCAGGCAGUUCCAGCCACUCCCAGUUUCCUCCACCCCAGGUGGAUGAGGCAGGGCUGGAGCUGCGUGACAUCGAGCUGGUGAUGGCCCAAGCCAAUGUGUCCAGGGCCAAGGCUGUGCGGGCCCUGAGAGACAACCACAGUGAUAUCGUCAAUGCCAUCAUGGAACUGACCAUGUAGCUGCUGACCUGAAGCUGGAUCCAUCCUGCCCCUUCCCCCAGCUCUGCUGCUCAAUAAAUUGGUGUGUCCUCUCUCUGAUCUCAGUCAUCUCCUCAUUGCCCUCUGGUGUCCCCUUGGCCCAGCUCUGUUCCUGUCCUUGACUCUUUCUGCUGGCACAGACCAGUGACCCAGAGUGUGGGGGCCACAUCUGGGCCAGGGUCUUGGAGGGACAGGCAUGUGGCUUCUGUGACUCUUCACACAGAAGGCCCACAAAAGGCCAUGUUUAGCCUGAGAGGGGUGGGCUGGGCACUGGGACCUCCCCUCCCACCAGAGACACACAGGGCAGGUUUUGGUAGGGGCAGGAGCCCAGAAGACUUUUUGGUUUGUCCUCAGUCUCUCCUGCUGCCUCCAGAACAGGCCAAUUUGCACAUCUACCUAGAGACAGCAUCAGUAGCAGCCUUUCUGCCUUCCCUGGCCCAGGUCCCUCACAUGAGGGAGCAGCUCUAGGACGGCCCAAGGAAGAGAGAAUUCUCCUAUUAAACAAUGUCCUGGCCACCUCCCUGUCCUACAGCUGAGAUACCACACGGACUCAACCACCUUAUUCUGGAAAGCGCUUUCAGGACAUUCCAAACCUUCUGGUUUAGCUUAUUCACAAUUGGGACAUCCACGAAGCCCUUGAGGCUCUGCCUGCUCCCUCCCCAGGCUGGGCCUAAUAGGACAUAGCCCCCAGCCUGGACAGUAGGGGGAUGUGACCGUCCAAUCUCCUCAGCCUGGGGGCUUCCUGGAUGUGCCCUUUGGGGGUGGGGUGGGGGGGAACCUCAGCUGAGGUGUAGAUGCUCUGUAGUGGAAGGAGAGGCCCAGGACGACCUGACCCCAGAUUACCUCCCCUCCCACCUCCACAUCCCAGGGAAGGUUUGCAGGGACCCAAAGGGUAAAGGCAAGACUGGAGCCAACAGGACUUGAGGGGAAGAGCUCAUGGGGUAGGUGUGGAGACAGGGACAGCAUUAGGUCACAGGGAGGGGCGGCAGAAGAGCAAGUUGGAGACCUGGACCCUGGGCAGGACAAAGGGCACUCUGGUCCACAGAGGAGUAUAGAGUUUGUUCCCAAGGAAGUUACCUGCAAGAGUGGGGAAGGAACCUUUGCCCACUGCAUGGGCUAUAAUGAUCAAGGAGUCAUGCGGCUCACACGAUCCCUGCCGCCCAUGAAAGGCCCCAGAACACUUGCUCCUAUCCCAUGUCCACAAAUCCAAAAUCCAAGUAAGUGCUUCCCGUGGCAUGAGA